CUCCAUCAGUUGGGACUUUUGAAGCAAUUAGCUGGAGCAUGAAUUCAAUACAUACAUACGGGAGGGAAAGAGAAGUCAAUCAUGUGAAGGAAGGAAGGAAGGAAGGAAGGAAGGCGGGUUUUAGUUGGUUGAAUUUUCUAGACCAACUCUCUGGAGGGACGAAUGGACCUUUCUUUUUCUUUGAUUUGGUUUUGUGUGACCUUAGCAGGCACUUGACGAAGACAACUUACUACUUUUCUUUCUUCCUUUCUUGUUCCUUGUAUCGAUCUCUUGUACAACUCAGAGACUUUUCUUUCUUUCUUUCUUGUUCCUUGUAUUGAUCUCUUGUACAACUCAGAGACAGAGAGCAUAAUAAUAUUGAAAUCAAAAUGUUAUAGAAUUUACUAAUACUCUUGUGUUGUGCGUGCGUGCCUGGUGGCGGCGAGAGGCCAAAUCAACAAAAUAUCCGCCGGCCCAAUCUUUCUUCUUCUUCUUGUUCCAUUCAUCAGUUGGCUCCUCAUCGGUUGGUUCUCUUGAGCUGCUGCUUUACUUUCUUCCUCUGCACUAUCUUGAAGCUUCUCCUCAAUCAAAUCAAAUCAAAUCAAAUCUCUCCAUCUCUUAAUCCUAUCUAGCAAGAAUUCAACUUCAUCCAUCCUCCUCCUCACUUGUCAUCUCUCUCUCUCUCUCUCUCUCUCUCUCUCUCUCUCUCUCUCACAAUCAAAAGAAAAAGAAAAAGACAAUCAAAAGAGGAGAGCAGAGCAGAGGAGAGGGCAAUCCAACCAUCUGUCCGUCUCUCGGACUCUGAGUUAGCCGCCGCCGCACGCACGUACGAUUAGUAGUAGGCCUCCUAGGAGGGCUAGCUAACAAGCAAAUCCUAACCAAAUGGGAAGAUCAAGCACCCUAGCUACUACAAGUGGAUUAUUUAUCAGCAUCUUUUUGGCUUCGUCCAGUCCUUAUCUGAACAUCUAGCUCUACGAAAAAGAAGCAACAUUAUACUUACUGGUUCAAUCAGAGGGUGAAAAAAGUUAUCUUCAGUUGCGAUACUGCAAACAGAGCAUCAUACGGCACCUGUUAUUUCAUAUAUAUCCUCCAAGUCUGCCCGUCCGUCUGUCGAAACAUGGUUGCAGGUGGUGGCACUCACAAGAGGCCUGCUGCUGACAUAAUGCACCAAGAGGAGCCUGCAAACACAGAUGCAAAAAAUGAUCAUCACAUAGCCAUCUAUUUCAUCGACUCACCCCAACAAACUCAAAGACAAGUCCUGGGUGACAAGACCAAUGGCCAGGAGGAUUACUCCUUUCAGCACCACCUGCAAACACCAAGCUCGCCGCCCUGCUACUCCACGGACCACAUGCUCGGCGCUGCUGCUGACCAAAGACACUACAACACCAACAAUGGCUCCCCUUCUUCUCCUUCUUCUUCUUCUUCUUCUUCUUCGCAGCAGCAGCAGCAGCAUGAACACUCUUCCCGCCCACCACGAAGAAGACAGUCCAGAACAAGGCGACGCUUGGCGGCAGCGGUGCCGUUCGUGAGGAAGAUCAAGUGGGGACCACUGUGGGAUAAGUCCAAGGAGUGGAUCAAGAACCCCAUGAACAUGGCCCUCUUCGUGUGGAUCGUCGCCGUCGGCGUCUCUGGCGCCAUCCUCUUCAUGGUGAUGACCGGGAUGCUCAACGCCGUCCUGCGGACCAAGUCGCACAAGGACACGUGGUUCGAGGUCAACAACCAGAUAUUGAAUGCAUUGUUCACCCUCAUGUGCCUCUACAACCAUCCCAGAAGGUUCUACCACCUGGCGCUGCUGUGCCGGUGGCGGGCCGGCGACAUGGCCGCGCUCCGGGAGGUCUACUGCAAGGGCGGCACCGUGAAGCCCAACGAGAGGAGGCACAUGAUGGUUGUGAUCCUGCUGCUCCACCUCAACUGCUUGGCGCAGUACGCGCUCUGCGGCCUCAACCUUGGGCUCUCCAGGACCCGCCGGCCUCCCGUGGGCGUCGGCCUCACCGUGUCAGUCGCCAUCUGCGCGCCCGCCGUCGCCAGCAUGUACAACAACCUCAGCCCCCUGGGCAAAGACUACGAGGUCCAGGCCGCCGACGACGAGGAGCAGGAGUCUUCUUCUUCGGGCUCGCGGCAGCGGCUCCAGCACAAGACCGUCGAGAGGAGGUACUCCUUCUCCCCCUCUCCGCCGCAGCGACAAGGACUAGAAACGGCCGCUGUUGUCGUCGCCGUCGGCGCGGAAGAAGAUGGUAUGUUAUCGCCGGAGUGGUCCGGCGGGCUGGUGGCGGACCUGUGGGAGGACAUCUCGCUGGCGUACCUGUCGCUCUUCUGCAGCUGCUGCGUGUUCGGGUGGAAUGCCGGGCGUCUCGGGUUUGGCAACGCGUACGUGCACGCGGCGACCUUCAUCCUCCUCUGCCUGGCGCCCUUCUUCAUCUUCACCCUGGCGGCCAUCAACAUCGACAACGAGGCGGCCAGGCUGGCGCUCAGCCUCGGCGGCACCCUGCUCUGCGUCCUGGGGCUUCUCUACGGCGGGUUCUGGAGGAUCCAGAUGCGCCGGAGGUUCGGGCUCCCCGGCAGUGGGCUCUGUUGCGGCAGGCCAGACGUGACGGACUGCUUCCAGUGGCUCUUCUGCUGCCCCUGCUCGCUUGCUCAGGAGGUCAGGACCGCCGACGCCUACGACAUUGUGCACCACAGGAUGGUGUCUCGCCGCCGACCCGGAGACGGCGACGACCAAGAAGAAGAUGCCAGCAGUAGCUCCCGGGUCCAGAUGCAGCAGCCACUGAGGUUUGCAGGCGUUUUCGCUUCAGAUGGUGGGGUGACCAACACCAACACCAAUUCAGAUACGAGUACGAGUACAAUACCCCCUGCUGUCCCUGUUGGCAUACUGAAACAGUAAGUAAGAAUAAGAUGGAUGCAUGGCUAGAUGAGUAGGCUUAAUUGUACAUCUUUUUUCACAGCAAUCCAUUGUACGUACAUAGCAGAGGCAGGAUACAAGCAAGUACUAUAUGUUGUCAAAAAUGCUUUUAUAUUAUGGGACGGAGGGAGUUGAGUAUAUUAUA